AAGUCCAAAGAUCUGCGAGUUAUUAAUCGCGUUUGAUUCCAUGCGUGCUGUUGUCGACUUCAAGCCGCCUGCACUGGUUGGCGCGUUUUGAUCUCGGCGAAAUGGGCUUCCUAUCCAGUCGUGAAUCCCAUCGCUGAUCCUUCGCUCCCGCAGCUACCGAAUUCAUUUGUCGCCAGGCUCAAGACGGGGCUCCGGCUCGGCCACACGCGCCGCCAUGACCAAGGCGAAGACCUCUGUCGAGCAUCUCGCCCUGGACAAGCACGAUUCCUCGCCGCGCACAAGUAAGCACGUCAGUCUCAGUGUAAGUGGCAAAAACGGCGCGCAUUUCGCGCCUUCGCCUUCGAGCUCCCCAUCGGACCUUCGCGCGCAGACGCUCCCUGGGUUGACCGCGCCAAACUACGCGUCGCCCUACCCCGAGCCGCCCGAUACGCCGCCGCCACUCGCGCCUGCGAUUGCGCCAGCUGGCUUCCUUCCGCACGGCGCGUCGAGCAGCUGCUCGUCGACACCGUCCAUCCCCGAGCUGCAGUACCCCUCUGCGCAGGGCCAGACGCGUCUGCACGUGCAGGUUGACUUUACGAGUGCGCGCUCGGCCCAUUCGCAUUCGCCUGAGCAAAGCUACGCGGGAUCCGUCGCGCACGGGCACGGCAGCGGGAGCGGGUUUCCGUCUCCCACGGAGAUGCAGAGCCAGACGGCGGCGUGGGUGUACGGCGGGCAUGCUCAGCCGUACCACCAGCAGCAGCAACAGUAUCCUCAGCAGCAGCACCAGAAGACGAGGUCGAUGUCGCCGACUCAGCGCACGCAGACUGCUCAUCCGCACGCGAUGGAGGCGCAGUAUGGCUACGACUAUCCGGAGAACAACUACUCCCUGCAGUACCCGGACACGCCGCCCGCGCAGACGGCGGAGUAUGCGCAGCCCAUCCAGGCGUCGUCGCGUCACUCUGUCGCGCACAUGUCACCGUCGAGGCCGGCGAUGUCGAUGUUGACGAGUGAAAGCGCGUCUGCGUACCAGGGCGCGGCUCCCAGGUACGAUGGUCCUACGAAUGCAUUGCUGACGCGUUAUAUGGCGGGUGGCACUGCUCAGGGCACUAGUCCGUCCACCCACCAUGGGCACGCCGUCCAGGGACAGCUAGUCGAGUCCUACGCGCCCGCCGCGCCGGCCCCGAGUGCGGUGGUCGAACCUACACGUGGUAUGUACGCGGGUUACGGGAGCACGCAGAGUGCCCAUCGGUACGACGAGCAGGACGAGAGCGCCGCUGCCUACUACGCCGCGGGGUACGGCUCAGGCGCUGGCACAGGGCGCUCGCCGCCGCCGACACUGCCGCCGAUCCAAACCGCACGGAUCGUCCGGGACGAUCUCGCGGUCGAUUCGCGGCACGCUCAGCAACAGCAACCACAACACGCACAGCCUCAUUCGGCGGUGGACGCGGCGCCGACGCAGGCGUCGUACCCGUACUCGUAUCAAGCCACGCAUGCACACCAACAACAGCAGCAACAGCAUAUGUCUACGGAGCACCCUCACCAACAGCACCAUCCGCACACGCAGGCACAUGCACACGCGCAGGACAGAUCGCCGAACGGCCAGCAUACGCUCAGCGUCCCGCUGCACCAGCCGCGCCCGCAUUACAGUCCCCAGCAGUACGUUGCGCUCUAUGCGCCGACUGCAGGUGCGGCCGCGGGGGCGGGUGGUGGAGCGGCGUCGCAGUCCUAUUAUCGCCGGGACAGCCACGACCAUGUCAUCGCACGUGUGUUUGCGUUCCACGUCCGUUGACAGGAGCUUCGACGGCGCCCGUUAUUUGCACGACGCAAGUCAGAACGUCGCCGGCGCUCUGGCCGUGCUUGUCUGUCUGCGAGACUGGCGAGGCUUGGCGUUCCUCGCGGGGCGUCCUUCACCUCCCUUCCCAUCCUAUCCUAUCCUAUCCCAUCCACAUCCACACCCAUCUCAUCUCAUCCCAAUCCAUCUAAGUCGUCACAUCUUGGUUAUAGCAUCGUCGCACCGCAUUUGUCUGCUUGUACAUCUCAGUUUCACACUACGCUCGCUGGUCGCUGCCUCGCGCGGUGGCCCAGACCCAAACCACCGUGACGGACGGUCCCAUCUC